AUGCUCUCACUCCUGUGCAGCGGCUGCGCGUACGCGCUUCGCGCACCGCGGCUGACCUCUGCGGCGCCGCCUCUCCGUCGGCCCUACUGCUGCGACGGCUGGUCAACGCUCGACGAGGCGUCGUGGGUGAUCGAGGACGUCGAGGAGGAGGACGACGAGGAGAGCUUGGCUGCCCGCGCGUGGGAGGAGGAGUCGACACUGGGCAGUGCCGCUCCGCUCGUGCGGAGGACCGCUCCUGCUGCCGCCGCCGCCGCGCUCCGCGACGACGGCGUGGUGUGCGUCGGCCCUGCGCUUGGCGCGGCGACCGCCGCGGCGCUGCGUGCAGAGGUGCUGACGCAGCUCGAGGCGGCGCGUGCAUGCGAGGCCGGGGCUGGGCCGCUCUCGUCGGUGCUCACGGCAUCGGCCAGUGCCGCGGCCGCCAUCACACGCUGGGACUUGCGGCUGAGGGUGACGGCGCCGGUCGCCGCCGGGCUCCGCGAGCUGCUGUCGGCGCCGGCCGUGGCGUCUUCGCUGCUGGACGCCGCCGGGCGAGAGGCGGAGCUGUGGGAGCUCGCGGCGCUCGAGGGGGUCCUCUUCAGCACGGCGGUGGCGCUGCAGCACGAGGGGCCCGGGUACGUCGCGGCCUCCGCGGACUCUGCCGCGUGCGGCUUGCUUGACGCCGGAGAGGCCGCGCUGUACGACGGCCGCGUGCUGCAUUGCGGCGGGCCAAACUCGUCGCCGGAGCGGCGCGUGCAGUUCUACGCCACGUUUCGGCGCGCGGCCGCGGACGGGGCGGGUUUGGGCAACGAGGCGGCCCUCUCGCCGCUCGGCACUGCGGCCCAUUCGCUGCUCGACGAGUACAGGGGCAAGCACACGCUCGGGCGGCUGCUCGACGAGGCAGAGGCAUGGGCCGAGGGCGGAGAGCGGAAGAGCUAA